CUUCAAGCUAAAAUCACUCAUCCCGACAAUGGCUUCUUCUACUACUACUCUACCAUUAUGCACCAACAAAACCCUCUCUUCUUCCUUCACCAACACAUCUUUCGUAGCAAAACCCUCCCAGCUUUUCCUCCAUGGAAGGCGUAGUCAAAGUUUCAAGGUUUCAUGCAACGCCAACAACUCUGGCGAGCAUGAAAAGAACCUUGAUGGUGUUGAUAGGAGAAAUGUGCUUCUUGGUUUAGGAGGGCUCUAUGGUGCUGCUAAUCUUGCACCAUUAGCCACUGCUUCUCCUAUACCACCCCCUGAUCUCAAAUCUUGUAGUAGAGCUCAUAUAAAUGACAAAGAGGAGGUGUCAUACAGUUGUUGCCCUCCUAAACCUGAAGAUUUGGACAGCGUUCCAUAUUACAAGUUCCCUUCUAUGACUAAACUCCGUAUCCGUCCGCCUGCUCAUGCUGCCGAUGAGGAGUACAUUGCCAAGUACCAAUUGGCCACUAGCCGAAUGAGGGAACUUGACAAAGACCCUUUUGACCCUCUUGGGUUCAAGCAACAAGCCAAUAUCCAUUGUGCUUACUGCAAUGGUGCUUACAAAGUUGGUGGCAAAGAGUUGCAAGUGCACUUCUCUUGGCUUUUCUUUCCUUUCCAUAGAUGGUACUUGUACUUCUAUGAGAGAAUCUUGGGCUCUUUAAUCAAUGACCCAACAUUUGGUUUGCCAUAUUGGAACUGGGACCAUCCAAAGGGUAUGCGUUUGCCUCCCAUGUUCGAUGUUCCAGGCUCUUCCCUUUAUGACGAGAAACGUAACCAAAGUCACCGCAACGGAACCAUAGUCGAUCUUGGUCAUUUCGGUGACGAGGUCCAAACAACUCAACUCCAAACGAUGACUAAUAACUUAACUCUAAUGUACCGUCAAAUGAUAACUAAUGCUCCAUGCCCGUUGCUGUUCUUUGGUCAGCCUUACCCUCUGGGAACUGAUCCAAGUCCAGGGAUGGGAACUAUUGAAAAUAUUCCUCAUACUCCUAUCCACAUCUGGACCGGUGACAACCCUAGGCAGCCACAUGGUGAGAAUAUGGGUAAUUUCUACUCUGCUGGUUUAGACCCGGUUUUCUAUUGCCACCAUGCCAAUGUGGACCGGAUGUGGUCCGAGUGGAAACAAACCGGAGGCAAAAGAAGGGAUCUGACACAAAAAGAUUGGUUGAACUCAGAGUUCUUUUUCUACGAUGAAAAUCGCAACCCUUUCCGUGUGAAAGUCCGAGACUGUUUGGACACUAAAAAGAUGGGGUAUGAUUACGCGCCAAUGCCCACCCCAUGGCGUAACUUUAAGCCAAUAAGAAAGACCACAACAGGGAAAGUGAAUACAGGUUCACUUCCACCAGCCAGCAAGGUAUUCCCACUCGCGAAGCUGGACAGAGCCAUUUCCUUUUCCAUCAAUAGGCCGGCUUCGUCAAGGACUUCACAGGAGAAAAAUGAACAGGAGGAGAUGCUGACAUUCAACAAGAUACAGUAUGAUGAUAGCAAAUAUAUAAGGUUCGAUGUGUUCCUUAACGUGGACAAGACUGUGAAUGCUGAUGAGCUUGACAAGUCAGAGUUCGCGGGGAGCUAUACUAGCUUGCCACAUGUUCAUGGAGAUAAUACGACUCAUGUUACGAGUGUUACUUUCCAGCUGGCCAUCACUGAACUGUUGGAGGACAAUGGCCUGGAAGAUGAAGACACUAUUGCGGUAACUCUGGUUCCAAAGAAAGGUGGCGAAGGUAUCUCCAUUGACAGUGCGGAGAUCAAGCUUGUGGAGUGUUAAGUCCUGGUGUGGUGGCUAUGGUGCCAAAAUUAAACUGCAGUGUGCGGUUUUGUUUUUAUUUCUGUUAAAAAUGUCAGCUAUCUUUCUAGUUGUUGCUAGAUCUGAAAUAAAAUAUUUGCCUCCAUGCAAAUUUCUGUCAUCAA